AUGACUUUGAACCCUCUAAGCAAUACUCCAAUCAUCGCACGAAAGUUUGGGCGCACCCUGGAAAGAAUCGAGCAUCUUCCCAAUGCGUGUCUGAAAUAUCAAAAAGUCGGAAAGGUUGGAGUAACUUGCCAAUUUCGACUCUCUAAGUCGAAAUGGGGAGUUAUGGGAGAAGCUGAAAAUCCUGCAGGGGUUAUUUAUAUGAGCCUUGGAUUUGAUCAGCCAAACGAUUGCAGGUUAUCGAGCGCAACAGUUUCGAUCACUUUAGAAGACAGCGAGCCGAGAGAGGCCACGGAAAAGUCGUCCAUUCAGAAGUCUGUAUCGGAUCGCCUUCAUAUUACCGAUCAAUAUGGUCCUAAGCAACUACACGGACCGGAAAGACGAAUGCUAGUCAAAAAGAAUCUACUUCUCACUCCAAAUAUUAAUAUCCUUGGCAAUGGUGGUGGUGGAGUAGGGCUAGACACCUCCAAAGAAGUAAUCCUAAGCAGCAGAUGGAUAUUCAAUGGAAGGCUAAGACCUGCAACUCAUCCCACCCAUAAAGGUCGACAUACAGCAAUAUAUCGAACAUUGGAAUGGGAGCUUACAGAGAGCGAGUUCGAACAGCAUACAACGCAUAGCAAUAUGAUCCAUACUGCCUUCGCCUUCGAACACGAUGGCAGACCUUUCUUAAUGGAAGUUAACAUAAAAGGCAAGUUGAAAAGCACGAAGGACAAGAUCUUAAGACAUUUGAAAUUUUCUUCGGACCAAGACAAAAGCAAGGGUUCUUCCACAACGUUUGUCCAUCUUCCGCGAGGGGACCGCAAUAGCACGCGUCUUGAUGUCCUCGCCAAUAGUCUUCCGAGGAUGAUGGAGAUGGAAAAUUUAGAAGUGGUACCGACAGAAAUACCCGAUGCACUACCUGCAUCAAUUUUCAUGGGAGGGAUCACGGCAGAGACUCCUAGAGAAAGAAAUGGGGAGAAAAGGGAUGGAGUUGCGACAUUUGCUGGACCACGACAGUCGACGCUCGUUGCAACUUCCACCGAACGCAUUACUGUCCACAGCAAACCUAUGGGACUAGGGGUAUCUAACUUAGAUCCAUUUGACCCGACAUAUCCAUCUCUCGAAAAUCUUUCGAGAGCAUCUUUGAUUUUAACAAACACACCUCAAAAUGGAACUGGAAUCUCCGAACAGCAUCCGAAGAACAUAUCAGUGACGAUGUCAGAGCCAGCAAUGGAUCUGCAGGAUGGGUCACAAUCAGAGAACGGAUCGUCCUGGUUCCCAUCAGAUACUACCUUAGUCGAAGAGCAGGAUGCAGAGCAACUGGCAGAGGAGGCAAGGCAGGCAAAGCAUAAGGAUAUUCAGGAUGGUUUAGUUAUGCUCUCGGAUUCGCCCUAUCUCAUGCUAAUCCUAAAGUUAUUGCUAGGAUUAAUGACAGUGCUCAGAGAAACCCGAAAGACUAUUACAAAGCUAUCGUCUUCUCCUGAAAGCAUUGGCAAGGACAGCACAAUAAGCCUAGACUGA